CUUUGUUAUAAGAUAUACGUGGCCCCCGAGUUUUUAAUACGGCCCUGUGAGGCUCAACCGCAGUGCACAACGCGCAUGCGCCUUCCUUGAAAACUCGAUACGUGAUUCGCAAGAAUCGAGUAUACCUCUAUGUUGGAUAACCUGCAGCUCUUUGUUCGCAGUAGCAACGGUUGAAUGUCGACCGCAUUUGAGCUCUUACGCUUGAACAGUUUCGUUCGUCUUUCGUUAUUCAAAGAAGAAAAUUCGACACAUCGAUUUGUUCGACUGUGUCGAUUCUACUACUUCCGUUUACAUUCCUUUGUGGACAAUCGAAAAUAUAAUGGAUGAUUGGGGCGAAGAUACUUAUCAACAGUCUGCAAAUGUACCAGAUUUUGCAGAAGGUGGACGUAGCUAUGGGAAAGGACGUGGGUUUGUAAUACGGAAUAACAAUGACAAUGAGUGGGAUGCACGAAAACAAGAUUUUAAUGGCAAGAACACUCACAACGAUGAAAACAAUGAUGACAAUAAUUGGCAAUCUAACGAUAAUUAUAAUGAUAAUGAUUUUGGAAGAUCUGGCAGAGGAGGUGGUAAAAGUUACAGCAAUGGUGGCGGCAGAGGAAGUUACAGAGGAAGAGGUGGUAAUCAAAGAGGAGGAUUUAGAAACAGAGGUGGAGAAAAUGAUGAUGAAAACAGAGGUGGAUAUAAAAACAGAAGCGGAGAAAAUGAUGAUGAAAACAGAGGAGGAUACAGAAACAGGGGCGGAGAAAAUGAUGAGAGCAGAGGAGGAUACAGAAACAGGAGCGGAGAAAAUGGUGAUGAAAGCAGAGGUCACAGAAGAAACGAUAAUUAUAACGACGGCGAUAGGGAUGAUAACAGAGGUAAACCAAGAGGAAAAUUCGGUGGACGAGGAGAUGACAACGAAGACGGUGAAGAUCAGAAACCUCGAGAAAUUUAUAUUCCCCCAGAACUACCCACCGAUGAACAAUCCCUGUUUGAAAACGGAGUCGAAAUGGGGAUUAAUUUUGAUAAAUAUGAUCGUAUUGACGUUAAAGUGAGUGGAGAGAACGAACCUAUGCCGGUAGAGAGUUUUGAAACAGCGGGUCUUAGGACCAUUGUUUUAGAGAAUAUAAAAAAAUCGGGAUACACAAAACCGACUCCGGUGCAAAAGCAUGCUUUGCCAAUCAUAAUGGGUGGUCGAGAUUUAAUGGCUUGCGCGCAAACAGGUUCCGGCAAAACUGCUGCGUUUGCGGUUCCUAUUAUAAAUUCAUUAUUGGAGAACCCUACCGAUUUAAUCGUAGGUGCUCAGCAUUGCGAACCUCAAGUUCUUAUCGUGUCGCCUACUCGUGAACUGACUAUACAAAUUUGGCAACAGAUUGUUAAAUUUUCACUUAAUUCGAUCAUAAAGACUGUAGUCGCAUACGGCGGAACGUCUGUUAUGCAUCAAAGAGGAAAACUAUCAGCAGGUUGUCACAUACUUGUGGCAACACCCGGUAGAUUAUUAGACUUCUUAGACAAAGGAAGGAUUACAUUUUCUUCUAUAAGAUUUCUCGUAUUGGAUGAAGCAGAUCGUAUGUUAGAUAUGGGAUUUUUACCUAAUAUCGAAAGAAUCGUGGAUCACGAAACGAUGGUUCCCUUGGGCGAAAGGCAAACAUUAAUGUUCUCUGCAACUUUUCCCGAUGAAGUGCAACUCUUGGCCAAAAGAUUUCUGAACAAUUAUUUGUUCCUCGCGGUUGGUAUUGUCGGUGGAGCGUGUUCAGACGUCGAACAAAAUUUCUACGAGGUCGCAAGAAAUAAGAAAAAAGAGAAGCUCACGGAAGUUCUAGAAAGGGAACACGAUUCAGGUACUUUGAAAGGUACCUUGGUAUUCGUUGAAAUGAAAAGGAAAGCAGACUUCAUUGCUGCGUUCUUGUCCGAAAAUAAUUAUCCCACUACUAGUAUUCACGGCGACAGAUUACAAAGACAAAGGGAAGAAGCGUUGGCCGACUUCAAAAGUGGAAAAAUGUCUAUAUUGGUAGCUACGGCGGUGGCUGCUAGAGGUUUAGAUAUAAAAAAUGUUUCGCAUGUUAUAAAUUACGAUCUACCAAAGGGAAUCGACGAGUAUGUUCAUCGAAUUGGAAGAACUGGCCGCGUAGGCAAUCGCGGAAGAGCGACUUCCUUUUUUGAUCCUGACGACGAUGGACCGCUGAAAAGCGAUCUCGUCAGAAUAUUGAAACAAGCGGGUCAAUCAGUUCCAGACUGGUUAAUAAGUGGAAAUGCAAGCAGAAACUUCAUGCCUGGCAAAGGAAAGAGAUUUGGCGGAGAAGAUAUCAGAGAUUUUCAACCGGAAGGAGAACCGUACCCCGAAGAAGCGUGUACGCCUUCUAUGCCAGUCGAACCAGAAGAAGAAUGGUAAAAAAAAGAAACUGUUCAUUUACCUAUGCUAUCAUCGUUUUGUUAGGAAGGUGGUAUUAAAUAUGUUUUGUUAUCAAUAUCGCUCUAUCAGGGGUACAAAUAAUUCAUUACAUUCAUAUAGUAUUUAUGUCUAUAUAAAAAAAAGUCACUAAUUUACAAUAGUACAUUUUUUUAGUUGAUUUCCAUUGUCUACAUAUUUGAUUAGACAUUAAUAAACGACGUAUUUGAAUAAAAUGUAGACGACAACGUGUACCUCUUUAGAAAUAGGUUAAGUAUGCGAUAAUUCGAUGUUAUCUUCAUUAAUAUGACAGAUCUAAUUUAAAGAAAUGAUAAAUAAUUUACGAAAGACGUUUACAUCUGCAUCUUUCGAUACAGUUUAUCGUACUUCUCCAUCGAUCGUACAAAUGGUAGUUUUUAAGAACAAACUAUUACGAAACAAAAAUCAUAGA